GAAUGUGAAGACGUACUUUAGAAAAUGUUAUUUUAAUUGCAUUAAACUUUUAAAAUAAAACUUAUUAUUGGUGUGGCAUUAGAUUAGCAUCAUGCACAGAAAUGAUUAAAGACACAAUCGUACUGUAAAAAUUAUUUGUUGGUUUAAGUUAAAAUGUAGCCCAAUCUAGUUACAUUAAAAUUUUGAGUUCAUUUAAAUAAAAAUUUGAUUUAAUAGAGAAAGAGAUUAGUUUAUUCAACAAACUCAAAAUACUGUUAUCUGAACAACAUUUGUGAACCUUAUCUGAUUUGACAAAAGGUUUUGUGAACAGUUGUGAUAAGAAAUCAUGGAAAAAAAAAAAAAUGUUUUUACAGUGCAGUGGCAGACGGCACUCAGUCAAUACACUGAUUUAAACUGCUUAUCAGAGUGAAUGACAAACAGAGAGAAACAUCAAGUUUCCUCUCUCAAGAUCCAUUAAUGUACUAAAAACAUAUUUAAAUCAGUUCAUGUGAGUACAGUGGUUCAAUAUUAAUAUUAUAAAGCCACGAGAAUAUUUUUGGUGCUCCAAAAAAACAAAAUAACGACUUAUUUAGUGAUGGCCGAUUUCAAAACACUGCUUCAGGAAGCUUCUCAAUGGUGAUUGGGCUCUCAGGUAAGAUCCCAAUCCGUCAGUUCAGCUCUGACAUUACGUCUAACGACUGACUGAAAGGGAACUCAGAGUUUAAAUGCUAAAUAGGAAACUAGGUCAACAUGCAAAUGGCAGGGAACAAGAACCAAAACAAAAUGAAACUAAUAAUAACUGUUACAUUUAUAGCAUGGGUAAGGUCCAAACUGCAAAAAAAUGUCUAUUUACAAAAAAUGUAAAUUUGAUAAAGCAGACAUUCAAAGGGGAAAAAUGCCUGCAAUUAUUUAUGGCAUAUUUAUUUACUUACAUAAAUUUAUUAGAAUUAACUGAACAUUUGCAAGUUGUUAAGACUAAAAGUAACUACACCUGAAAAUGGGCCAAACCACUCUUCAACCACAAACCAUGCUGGCAAAAAACAAAAGAACCUUUACUUUUUUUGUCACGAGAGAAACAUUUCCUGUACUCAUCAGUGCCACUGCCAAACAGACGAUUCGCAUCACACUGAUACAAUCAAAUAUGGAAUUGUCAGCACUAGAGAACACCGCAAUGAUGUCUUCCUCAGACCCGUACCACUGUCCCUCUCUUCUGGAGACCUUGACCCGGAUUGAUCAAUUGUUUGUCCACAAAGAACAAAGUCUGGAUGAAGUUUGUGCAGAAGUUUGCUGUGGAAUAAAGUCUAACAAUCGAUAUACUGUGAAGAAUGAUAAUGGGCACAAGAUUUUUACUAUUCUUGAGGACAACGAUUGUUGUAACAGGACUUGCUGUGCUGGAGCGCGUUCCUUCAUAAUGAGUGUUUUUAAUAACUCAAAUCAAGAGAUCAUCAGACUGGUGCGGCCGUUUGUUUGCAACUGCUGCGGCAAUGAGGUGGAAGUUCAGUCUCCACCGGACGUUACCAUUGGAUAUGUUCGACAAAACUUUCACAUUUGCCUACCUAAAUUCACCGUUGAGAAUGAACGAGGUGAACCGGCAUUUAAGAUCGUGAAACAGCUUGAAACUUGUGCCUGCUGCACGGAUCAAAUCUUUGAGCUGGUGUCUCUGAAUGAGGCAGUGACAAACAGACCAUUUGGCAAGAUCUUCAAGCCUUUCUCAAGCAGUGCCCCAAAUAUAGGUGUGGAUUUUGUGGUGAAGUUUCCGAGAAACCUGGAAGUCAAAAUGAAAGCUACUCUACUGGGGGCCUGCAUUCUCAUUGACUGUUUGUAUUAUGAAAGGCAGCAAAGAUCAUUACUGUGAAGAGAUGUAUUGUAAAAAAAAAAAAAAAAGUUACCAAGGUGGAAAUUUUUAUCUUUGUGUGCAUGUAACACAUCUUGUUUCCUGUUUGGAUACAGUAAGCCACCUUCAGAAAGAAGACAGAAAAAAGACAAAUGUCUGAUGACUACUUGCCAAAAUAUCCUCCAAUAAAGGCUGUAGAGAAAAGAAUCAUUGAACAGAAUAUGGCUUUUUUAUAUUGAAUCUCUUGAUAAACAAACAAACAAAAACAAUAACAACAAAAAAAAACUUUCACAUGGCAAAUGCUGUUAAAGUAACUAACAAUAUACUAUGUCCUUUUCUGGGGAGCGUAACUCUCUUGUUUAUUUAUUCUUAUUUAUUCUUCAAAAGUGACUUUUUUUAGUUUGUGGCUCUCGCUUAUAGAAAGGUGACAGUGAGGUGUUAUCUGAGAGUAAAGCAAACAGCAGAAACCACAAACAGACAGAUGAAGUAGGUGCUGAUGAUGUGAAAAACACAACCACAGCUGACUGGCACUUUGGGUUUCUCGUCAUGGGAAAUACACAGAAAAUGUUCCUAUUUAAAAUUUAAAAAUUAUUCUCUGCUGCCUUGAUGGCUUAAAUUAAUUGCACAGACAUGCAGCCUGUAUUUUCUUAAUUUUUUAAUGCUCUGUCUAUGUUUUUUUUUUAUUCUUAAUGUGUUAUAAUACAUGCAUAAUGCCUCAUAAAUUACUUU